AAACACUUUACCCAACCGAUCGCCCUACGUAAAAUGCCAACUCAAGUGUCACCAACAAUGAAUGACAAGGUUAUUGUGCUGACGGGUCUGCCUGCAUUUUGCUGACGUUGGGAAACAAGGGAUGGAGAGGCCCCGGUACGUUUGCUAUUCUCACGGCUGCGAUCUGGCUCGCCAUGGGUUCGGCGGCUGGCAAGAUGUAUGUAGGUACAGUAUGUACGAAGUACGGAGAUACUCUGCAGCGGGAUAUGAAAGGUUGGAUGGUACGACCACCGAGUGGUGCCAGUCCUGGGGUCGGUCAUUACUGCAAGGCUGUGCUUGCUUCAUUUUCUUCGGUUGACCACUUCUGAGUCCUUUAUCCCAAGGUAUCCUCUGUCGCUUCAGCUGUCACUUCUGCGAUUUCAAACGCGGCAGAGCAACUGCAACACAAUCUUUUCUUCCCAGAUUCAUUAAAUCGUACCUUGAUACCCAAUCUAUUGAAUAUCUGGAAACAUGGCAGACAAGCAUAAAGUAAAUGGGUUCCACGACAGCGACCCGAGAAGUAUUCCCAACAGCGAGCCGAUCGCCAUCAUCGGCAUGGCAUGCCACCUGCCCGGCGGAAUCUCCUCCACAGAUGCCAUGUGGGAGUUCCUGAAAGCCGGCAAAGACGCACGCAGCGAGAUCCCCAAAUCGCGCUGGGACAUCGAUUCCUUCUACCACCCCACCCCAGGCCACCAAGGCAGCCUGUCGAUGCGCGGCGGCUACUUUCUCGAUGGCGAUAUCAGGACGUUCGAUAAUGCGUUCUUUGGCAUCAAUAAUCUAGAGGCGAGUUACAUGGAUCCGCAGCAGCGGAAACUGCUCGAGGUCUGCUUUGAGUGUUUUGAGAGCGCGGGUGUUGGUGGUGAGCUCGCGGGAAAGAAUAUCGGAUGCUAUGUGGGCAAUUUUGCGAUGGAUUAUGUGUUGAUGCAGAGCAAAGAUCCGGAAAGUGUGCAUCGGUAUACGUCGACGGGGACGGGUAUCACGAUCCUGUCGAAUAGGAUUAGUCAUGCGUUUGAUUUGAGAGGUCCGUCUGUUACGCUGGAUACCGCGUGUUCGUCGUCGUUGUACGGGUUGCAUUUUGCGUGUAGUGCGCUGAGACAGGGGGAAUGUGACGGAGCGAUUGUUGCGGCGGCGAAUCUGAUCCAGACGCCUGAGCCGCAGAUCUUUAUUUCGCGAGCCGGAGUCCUGUCCGAUACUUCGACGUGCCACUCUUUCUCUGCAGACGCGGACGGGUAUGGAAGAGGAGAUGCAGUCGGAGCCUUGUAUCUCAAACGACUCUCAGAUGCGAUCCGUGACAAUGAUCCCAUCCGCUCCAUAGUCCUUGGGACAGCAGUCAACAGCGACGGCAAGACCCCAGGAAUCACCCAGCCGUCUCAAGUCGGCCAACAAGAAGUCAUCAGGAAAGCAUACCAAUCCGCUGGUCUGGAUUGCGCUGCAACCGACUACGUGGAAUGUCACGGCACCGGGACUCCAGUCGGAGACCCCAUCGAAGUAAAAGCUCUUUCUCAAGUCUUCCUCUCCGAAUCUGGGCGCUCCCCAGAAAGUGACCCGUUAAUCAUCGGCUCAGUCAAGUCCAAUUUCGGCCACAGCGAGGCUGCAAGCGGUAUCACGAGUAUCAUCAAGACGACUCUGGCGCUGGAGAAUUUGGCUAUCCCGCCUACGGUCGGCGUGGGAGAGUUAACGCCGAAAAUUCCUUGGAAGGAAUUGAACGUGGAGGUUGCGCGAACGGUUCUUCCGUGGCCAGUCGCGAAACAUGAAGGCCAUGUUCCGACAGCGAGUAUUAGUUCGUUUGGAUAUGGUGGGAGUAAUUCUCAUUGUAUACUUCAACGUCCGUCUGCGAUCAAAGCUCUGACGAACGGUGUGGGGCAUACAAACGGCGUAGUAGAGACAAAUGGUGAGGUGCAAACGAACGGCGUGGUGGAGAAACGAGAGAGAGCCUAUUUGAUACCCCUAUCUGCAUCCACUUCCGACUCGCUUAAGGGCCGUAUCAGCGAUUUGGCAUCCUUCGACACGGAAAACAUCGCUACCUCCGACCUCGCGUAUACACUAGGUCAGAGACGCUCAGAACUCAAGUGGCGCAGUUAUUUCAUUGGCAGAACAGCCACCCUCUCAAACGAAACAGUAUCCAAGGCUCUCGAUGUUAUAACGGACCAUACAAGUCUCAAGGCUCAAGAUAAUCAAUUGAGCUUCAUCUUCACAGGUCAAGGCGCGCAAUGGCCUGAAAUGGGGAAAGCGCUCUUUGAAGUGUACCCCGUAUUUCGAGAGAGCUUCCAACGAUGCGAAAGUUACCUCAGUGAGCUCGCACAAGCUCCAACAUGGAGUUUGAGGCAAGAGCUGCUUGCGGGACCUGGUUUGAGCAGGAUAAAUGAUCCAGAAAUCUCUCAGCCUGUAUGCACUGCGAUCCAGAUUGCGCUUAUUGAUCUGCUCAGCUCGUGGGAUAUUGAGCCUAAGUUUGUUGUUGGUCAUUCUUCUGGUGAAAUUGCAGCCGCCUACUCAGCAGGACAUAUCUCCGCCUUCUACGCCAUGGCUGUGGCUUUUCUGCGCGGACACAUCGUUUCCUCCAUCCCAAGGAAUGGCUCCAUGAUCGCCGUCGGCGUAAGCGCAGACGUAGCAAACGAAGCCAUCACUGCUCAUGGCUUCUCAACUCAAGUGAACGUGGCGUGCGUCAACUCCCCCGAGAACGUAACUCUCAGCGGAGAAAAGACUGCCAUCGAAGCCCUAAGCGAGAUCUUGAUCCAAGAAGGCAAGUUCGUGCGAACGUUGAAGACAAAUGGCGUCGCGUACCACUCUCAUCUCAUGAAAGUUGUUGGAAGCGAGUACGAGAGCCUUCUUGCUGCUACACAACAGUUGGAUCGGGUUGAUUCCUCGAGUCCAGAUAGGACGGUAAUGAGGGCGCAUGUCGAGAUGAUUUCUACUGUUCGGAAAACUCCUGUUGGCUAUGAGGAUACGUCGUCUCCAGCUUAUUGGCGAGCCAAUAUGGAGUCUCCUGUUGAGUUUUGCUCGGCUGUCACGGAUCUUCUAGCCGAAGAAUCGUCGAGGUUCAUUGAGAUAGGUCCACAUGGAGCUCUUCAGUUACCUGUCAAGCAGACCAUCACCAAAGCGAACCCCGACAAGCAGAUCCUGUAUUUGUCCGUCAUUUACCGCAACAAGGAUGCCGAAGACUGUGCUCUUGAUUUCGUCGGCAAACUAUGGUCUUCAGGCUAUCCCAUCUCGUUCGAAAAAGUCAACGGCACAGAAGCCAAAAAGAACAAAGUGCUCACGAAUCUCCCGAAUUACAAAUGGGACCACUCGAACCUCCUCUGGAACGAGCCAAGAAGCAGCAUCGAAUACCGUAACCGCAAGUACCGCCACGACGACCUCCUCGGCCUCGCCGUCGUCGGCUCCAGCUCCACGACCUUCACGUGGCGAAACCUACUAAGCGUCGACGACGUCCCAUGGCUCGAAGACCACAAGAUCCAGGGAAACAUCGUGUUCCCCGCCGCGGGGUACAUCGCCAUGGCGUGUCGAGCGUGUCAACAACUCGCUUCUUCUGAGGAUUUCAGCCAACAUACCCUAGAACUCAAACAACUUUCCUUCCAACGCGCACUAACACUGACUCCGGGCUCGAAACUAGAGAUCUUCACCGAACUCACGCCCCAGCGGAUCUCAGACUCCAACCACGCGAAAAAAUGGUGGAAAUUCACAAUCUCAACCACGGACGCGAAUACCAGCGUCGAGCACGCCACAGGCUUAGUAGGCUUAACAGCAACCACUAGCCUCAGUGCCCUUCCCCGUCCAGAACGCACCGUCGACAGCGAAUCCCAAUCCGCAAAGAUAUGGUACGACCAAUUCGACAAAGUCGGCUUCAAUUUCGGCCCCCAUUUCCGCUCCGUCUCCGAAUUCUCGCACUCAAAACUCAAGACGGAAAAUAAAACCGCCGCGAAACUCGCAGGACUCCCAGACGGCCUGGAUUCCGACCAUGAGGGCUACAGCUACGAAAUCCACCCCAUCGUCAUCGACGCCAUCCUGCAGACCUGCGUGGUAUCCUGGACCGGCGGCGUCCUGGGGAAUCUCGUGGCGAGUUUCCCGGUUGCCAUUGAUCGCAUUCAGAUCUCGCCUGGUGGCGUUCAACAUAAAGCGUUACCGGAGCACGGCAUCUUUACGUCUUGCAAGAUUGUCGGGCCUUCGACGUCGCUUGCGAGGAGCGAGCUGAUUGAUCAGAGUGGGAACGCGUUUUUGAGGGUGAGUGGGAUUAAAGCGGUUAAGAUCCAUGGCGCGUAUUCGCGCGAGACGGCGAGGGAACCGGCGUUGCAGAUUGUGUGGGAGCCGGAUUUGGGGAAGUUGGUGAAGGGGAAUAAAGAGGUGGUGGAGCAGUAUAUUAGUCUGCUGUUGAGGGAAGCGGAGGAGACGAGGAGAUUUGGGGCGGUGGGGAAGUUGGUUAGGAUAUUGUCGCACACGAAGAGUUGUGCGAAUGUGCUGGAGAUGGGGACGUAUGUGAAGAAUGCUACGCAGGUGGUGAUGGAUUCGCUGGAUCGGGGGAGCAUGCAUCAGAGGUUUGUGGGGUAUAGUCGGGGACGAGUGGUGGAUGGGUUGGAGGUGUGUGAUGUUCAGCCGCUUGACUUGAAGGAUGUGGAGAGUGAGGAAGGGUUCAAGGCACGGACGGACGAAAUGUUUGAUUUGAUCCUUCUCACCGACCAGGCUGCUGUCGACAAGUUCUUUGGUCAACAGAAAGAUCAGAUCUUGAACUGUUUGGAGUCAUCUGGGCACUUGUUGUGGAAAGGCGAGGUUUCUGGAAGUCCUCUACUCGAAGCUGGCUUCCAAAUCUUGAGCUUCGACGGGAAAGAUUCUAGCUCUCGCUUUAACUUGGCUUCACGAAUUCAGUCAAGCUCUAUUCCUGACCAAAUCUUCAACGGAGACACAGACUCCUCUCAACCACACGUCCUCGUCGCCCAAGACGCCUUUCACCCCCUCAACGAAGCCCUAAAACACCACCUCGAGACCACCACCGGGGCACCAAUAACUAUCCUAACCCUCGAAGACCUCAAGACAGAAACAACGCUCCCUCCUCAAUGCACAGCCAUCGUCUCACUCGAGCUCGAAAAAGCCCUCGUCUACGACACCGACGCCGCCUCCCUCCGCGCCAUCCAAAAGAUCACCGACAACGCAACCACCAUCCUCUGGCUCACCGGCGGGAACCUCUCCGUCGGCGAAUCCCCCAACAUGGCGACAAUCCGCGGGCUCUCUCGCACCGUCAUGGCCGAGCAGCCAUCGACGAAGUUCUUCGUGCUCGAUAUCGACGAGCCGUCCGCAGCGGUCGAUACCACGGUCUCGAAUGUUCGCGCGGUGCUAGAGACGGCGAGCGAGGAUCAGCCGGACUUUGAAUUCUUGCAGAUUAAGCAGGUGUUGCAUGUUAGUCGGUUCGUGAUCGAUGAGGCGGUCAAUGAUGUGUUUCGCCGGAAAAUGGGCGGGCGCGCUUCGUUGACGAAACUUGGUCAGGCGGGUCGGUGUGAGUUAUCUAUCAAGGAGAUCGGACAGAUGGAUACGCUGGAAUUCGUUCCUGUGAAAACUCCCUCUGCUAUCCCAGACGAUUACAUUGACGUCGAAGUCAAAGCCGUCGGGAUAAACGCCAAGGACGUCUACACCCUCUCCGGCAAAGUCGAAACCCCCGAAAACACCAGCUCCUGCGAAUUCGCCGGCAUCGUCACCCAGGUCGGCAGCAAAGUAACGCACGUCCGCGCCGGCGACCGCGUCGUCUGCGCAGCGCCCUCCCGCUUCGGCUCCCACGAGCGUAUCCCCGCCUACACCUGCGCGAAGAUGAAGAAACACGAAUCCUUCACCGAUCUCUGCGUCGUGCCCGUCGCGACCGCUACUGUCGUCUACACUCUUAAACACCUCGCUCGUCUACGCAAGAACGAGACAGUUUUAAUCCACUCCGCGGCUGGAGGCGUGGGCCUGGUCGCUAUCCAGGUCGCGGCUAGUAUUGGCGCCCAAAUCUUCGCCACGGUGAGCAAUGAGAAGAAAGCGCAAUUCUUGAUGGAUAAUUUUGGGUUGAAGAGAGAGCAAAUCUUCCAUUCGCGCGACGAUUCCUUCGUGAACGACGUCCUGGCCGCGACGAACGGCCGCGGCGUGGAUGUGGUGCUUAAUUCGCUGACGGGCGACCUGCUGCAUCAGAGUCUGGGCAUCUGCGCCAAGUUUGGCAGGUUUCUGGAGAUUGGGAAGAGGGAUAUUUUGGAUCAUGGACAGCUGGAUAUGAGGGUUUUGGAGCAUAACGUUAGUUUUAUUGCGGUGGAUUUGGCGGAUUUUUAUUAUUCGGAUAAUCCGGGCGUGCAUCGGGAGGUGUUUGCUGAAUUGCUUGCUGAAUCCCUGGAGACGUAUCGUAAAUUGGGGGGUGUGAAGCCGAAGGUCUUCGAUGUCUCUGAGUUGACGGCUGCGUUUCAUUAUUUUUCCAACUCAGCUAGGACGGGGAAAGUAGCUGUGUCUUACGAGAAUCCUGAGUCGUUGAUUCCGCUCGUCCCGCAAAAAUACAGCAUGGUGUUUAACCCCAACAAAUCCUACUUCUUAGUAGGAUGUCUAGGAGGUCUUGGACGCAGUCUUGCGCAAUACAUGGUCUCUAAUGGAGCUCGUUACUUUACUUUCAUGGGCCGAUCUGGCGCCGAUAAACCAGCUGCCAAAAAUCUAGUUCUCGAGCUGGAGAAUGCUGGGGCUAAUGUCCAAGUUGUGCGUGGAGAUGUUCAAGAUUUCGGAACAGUAUUAAAGGCGAUCAAAAACCUCCCUCGGAAACUGGGAGGCGUGGUUCAAGCUCCGAUGGCUUUGGGUAAUGCCUUGUUCACCGCUAUGGACAACAAGAAAUGGCGCGCUCCUCUCGAGGGCAAAAUUGACGGAACGUGGAACCUCCACACGGCCAUUAGUGGCCUAGACUCAGAACUCGAUUUCUUCCUAAUGCUCAGCUCGCUCUCCGGCUCUCUCGGCGCCGCCACCGAAAGCAACUACUGCGCCGGCAACAGCUUCCUCGACGCCUUCGCCUACUACCGGCGCGCCAAGAAUCUCCCCGCCCUCGCCCUCGGCUUGGGAGCCAUCAAACAAGUCGGCUUCCUGCACGAGCAUUCCGACAUCGAAGCCAUGCUCGCCCGCCGCGGCGUGGCCGCCAUCUCGGAAGAAGACAUGCUGCAACUAAUCGACAUCGCCUUGACCCACUCCCUGCACUCCCAUUCCCUUCCUCUGGGUUUACGAAAACCGCAUAUCCUCACAGGAUUAGAAUCCAUCGGCAUGCAACCCAUCUGGGACGACGGCUUCAAAGGCUCCCAAGAAUUCAUCAUGGCCGACCCCCGCGUCUCGAUCGUCUCACUCGGCAACGCCCGCCUAAAAGACACCCACGCCGGCCCCGACGCACACAACUCCGUGAUGAUGCCGCUGCUCUCAGCAACAGACAGCACCGAGACGAAGCGGAAAGUGGUCUUCACAGCCCUGGCGGGCAAAUUGAGCCAGUUGACGCUGACGCCGGUGACGGACAUCGCGUUCCAGAUCGCGUUUGCGGCGCUGGGGAUGGAUAGUCUGGUUACGGCGGAGUUUCGCACGUUUAUCUUUCGCACGUUUAGGGUUGAUGUUGCUUUUAUGGAUUUGAUGGAUAAUAAGAGUACGAUGGGGGACUUGACCGAGUUGGUUUGUGGGAAGUUGGGGGGUGGGAAGGGGAAGGGGAAGUGGGGGUUGGGGAAGAGGGUUAAUGGACAUGCUUGA